AUCUAGUCUUAGUUGGUGAACAGUCUGUCGUGUUGUCUCUCUCCUCGCUCGCGUUCUGCCUUUAAUCUCUCGAUCUAACCCAGCGCAAGAGCGCAGAAGGAAGAAUCAAACUCUCAGACGCCGCCUCUGUCAGUGCCUCUGUCGCUCAUUCGGGCCUACCGGAGAUGAAGGAUAGCAGAGAUGGAAUUAAGAACGAUAAAGUUUCAAAAUCUUCACCUGCUAACUCUCUCCCACUCAUUCUCGACGUAGAUGACUUUAAGGGGGAUUUUUCAUUUGACGCUUUGUUUGGAAACUUGGUGAAUGGGCUUCUCCCGUCAUUCCAAGAUGAAGAAACCGACUUAUUAGAAGGGCAUAAUGGCAGCAUCAGUGGAAAUGAUGCCUUAUCAAAUGGAAAUUUUCGUGGAGAUGCAACCAAGUUGGCUGCCCCUUUGUUUCCAGAAGUGGAUAAGCUCUUGGGUCUAUUCAAGGAUUCUUAUAAGGAGUUGGUUGAUCUUCGGAAACAAAUUGAUGGAAGACUCUUCAAUCUCAAGAAGGAGGUUUCUGUCCAAGAUUCUAAGCACCGUAAGACACUUGCUGAGCUGGAAAAAGGUGUAGAUGGCUUGUUUGAUAGCUUUGCUCGGUUGGAUUCACGUAUUUCAAGCGUUGGACAGACUGCUGCAAAGAUAGGAGAUCAUUUGCAGAGUGCAGAUGCUCAGCGAGAAACUGCUAGUCAAACAAUAGAACUCAUAAAGUACUUGAUGGAGUUUAAUGGCAGCCCAGGAGACCUGAUGGAACUUUCCCCUCUAUUUUCUGAUGACAGCCGUGUUGCUGAGGCCGCUUCAAUUGCACAAAAAUUGCGGUCAUUUGCUGAGGAAGAUAUUGGAAGACAAGGGAUAGGUGUACAUUCAGUUAUGGGAAAUGCAGCUGCUAGCAGAGGAUUGGAAGUUGCGGUUGCUAACCUGCAGGAUUAUUGUAAUGAACUGGAGAACAGAUUGCUGGCUCGGUUUGAUGCAGCAUCACAGAAAAGAGAAUUGUCUACAAUGGCAGAAUGUGCUAAAAUUUUAUCUAAGUUUAAUAGGGGUACAAGUGCCAUGCAACAUUAUGUGGCAACACGUCCCAUGUUUAUUGAUGUGGAAGUGAUGAAUGCAGACACAAGGUUGGUUCUUGGGGACCAGGGUGCACAAGCUAGUCCUAGCAAUGUUGCCCGUGGGCUUUCUUCAUUGUACAAAGAAAUUACAGAUACCGUGCGCAAAGAAGCAGCAACAAUUACAGCUGUAUUCCCUUCUCCUAAUGAAGUUAUGUCAAUCUUAGUUCAGCGAGUUUUGGAGCAGCGAGUGACUGCUCUACUGGACAAAUUAUUAGUGAAGCCAUCUCUUGUGAAUCUACCUCCUAUGGAAGAGGGUGGACUCCUAUUAUAUCUUAGAAUGCUAGCAGUGGCAUAUGAGAAGACACAAGAACUUGCUAGAGACCUGCGAGCUUUGGGAUGUGGUGACUUAGAUGUUGAGGGACUCACGGAGUCUCUGUUUUCUGCUCACAAGGAUGAAUAUCCUGAACAUGAGCAGGCCUCUCUUCGACAACUAUAUCAAGCAAAGAUGGAAGAAUUGCGUGCUGAAAGUCAGCAGAUAUCUGAUUCAACUGGGACAAUUGGGCGCUCAAAAGGAGCUUCGUUAGCAUCUUCUCACCAGCAAAUAUCUGUCACUGUUGUCACAGAGUUCAUGCGCUGGAAUGAAGAAGCAAUUUCCAGAUGCACUUUAUUUUCAUCUCAGCCUGCUACUCUUGCAACCAAUGUAAAAGCGGUUUUCACUUGCCUACUUGACCAUGUUAGUCAAUACAUCACGGAAGGGCUUGAGCGGGCAAGAGAAAGCCUGACUGAAGCUGCUAAUUUGAGGGAAAGGUUUGUGCUGGGCACAAGUGUUAGUAGAAGGGUGGCUGCUGCAGCUGCAUCUGCUGCAGAAGCUGCUGCUGCUGCUGGUGAAAGCAGUUUCAGAUCUUUCAUGGUUGCUGUACAACGUUGCGGUAGUAGUGUGGCUAUAGUUCAGCAAUAUUUUGCGAAUUCUAUUUCUCGCCUAUUGCUGCCCGUAGAUGGUGCACAUGCUGCUUCAUGUGAAGAAAUGGCAACUGCUAUGUCCAGUGCAGAGACUGCUGCUUAUAAAGGGCUUCAACAAUGCAUCGAAACUGUGAUGGCUGAGGUAGAGCGACUGCUUUCAUCUGAACAAAAGUCAACGGAUUACCGGUCACCUGAUGAUGGAAUCGCUCCUGAUCAUCGACCUACAAAUGCAUGCACAAGAGUGGUGGCAUAUCUUUCCCGUGUGCUUGAGUCUGCAUUCACUGCACUUGAUGGUCUCAACAGACAAGCGUUCCUAAGUGAAUUGGGAAUCCGCUUGCAUAAAGGGCUGCUUAAUCAUUGGCAGAAAUUCACUUUUAAUCCCAGUGGAGGACUGCGACUGAAGCGUGAUAUAACUGAGUAUGGAGAAUUUGUCCGCAGUUUCAAUGCUCCUUCUGUUGAUGAAAAAUUUGAAUUGUUGGGCAUCAUGGCCAAUGUCUUCAUUGUUGCUCCUGAAAGCCUCUCAACUCUGUUUGAGGGUAGCCCCGGUAUACGGAAAGAUGCACAAAGGUUCAUCCAACUUAGAGAAGACUACAAGAGUGCAAAACUUGCAGCCAGACUUAGUUCCUUGUGGCCAAGCUCUAGUUGAUACGGAUGUGGCAUGCCAACUUAUAUAUGGCCUCCAAAACACAUUUCCUUGAAUACUUCACAUCGAGCUGUCACUAAGCUGAGGGAACUGACUUCUCAGCUUGUAUUGAUUUUGGUGGCAGCAAGACCGAGUUUGAAAACCAGUUGAAGAUUACAUUAUUGACAUGGCUGGUGACCUCAUCCUUUUUGACAGAAAAAUUGGGUACAAUAGAAUUCUUGCUUUGCCCCCUUUCUUUGGAUUGUAUAUUUUUGAAGGUAUGAAUAGGAGACCAUUAGCUUUGUAUUCUUUAAGGCUUCAGGUUACAGACUAGCUUCAAUUGCUUGCAUGUGACAGUUCAGAAACAGGAAAUUUCAUGUCAUAUGUGUGCCCCUUGUAAAUGAUCUUUCGGGUAUGAAUAAUGAAAAAAACCCCAAGUAGUGUCGCCCA